GCCGACGCGCCUCGCCACCGGCCAGCUUCCACAUGUCAGGCUCUUCCACGUUGCCGUCGCUGAUGGGAGAAGACCCGCUGCGGCUGGACGACGAAUUCUUCCCACCUCCGAGCCGCCUCAGCUCGCGCUCCCAGCUGCAGCUGACGCGACGCAGCAGUGGCGACUCCUACCGGGAGCGGCAGGAAGCUCGCAGGGGCCGCGACGAAGACUCCUCCGACACGGAGAGCCUGGCCAGUGUGUCGACCGUGUCGAGUGUGGACCCGCUGAGCGACCACCAGAUCGGCUACAUCGCGCUCGAUGACGAACUUCAGGACAGCGCCACGCUGGCCGGCAGCGCCACGUCCGUGCUCAACCACAACUUCUCAUUGUCACCGGUAGAUGGCUGUGGCCUUGACAGCAUCGACCAGGCCGUGGCGCGACUGUCGGCGGCCAAUCUGGCGGACGUGGAGGGCGCUGAGGGCGCGCGAGCGGGUACCCUGGUCAACGGUGUACCACAUGGGCCGCAGUCGCCCGAGGGUCCGGAGCUGCGCACCCCUGUCGGGGAGACGGCGCCCGCCCCCACCGCUCAGUAGGCAGCGGUUCGGGAGUCGGGGACUCGGGAUCUAGUCGAUGUUCGAUGGCGGCGCCGGUGGUUUAGGCGGAUCUCGGUGCGCAGCGGCACGGAAGGUUUCGGUGACAAGGGGAAUGCAUGCAGCUCUGCUCACUAGUCAGUCGCUCGUUUUACAUUGCUAUGCUAAGUCAGCAUUUCCAUGUGUUGAGGCUUGUUUUGUCCGUGGUUUUCACGUACACUGGUAAUAAGAGGGCAUGACCAAGUCCAGUCCUAUGCAAGUUUGCUAUGUCCUCUUCAACUGAAGCGUGUAGGUUGGCCAGCAAUAGGCCAACCCAUUUUGGUGGCGGAGGGCGUACUUUCGUGGUGCUCGGCUCGGUUUCAUCACCGGCCUCACUGAUCAGGCUGGCGGACUCAGUGCAAUCCCGCAAUGGCUACGGCGCGGCCGGCAAGCUCGGGUGGACAACGAUAAGAAGGCUUUGUUGCAUGGGUUAUCGGACUUCCAAACGCGUCAGGUGGCCGACAGUUUCCAUGUCUGUGGCGCCUGUUUGUGUUCAGAUGUAUGCUGUAAAUUGGCAUGAAAUAUAGUAUACGCGG